AUGUUCAGUUCCGUUCUACCUCGGCCAGAAAAUGCCGAAUAUAAUACCUCUUUGAGGCAAAGAUUCAAAAGUCUUAAAAACGAAAUCAAGCAAAAGCAGCCUGCUCAAGUAGCUGGACCUAUAGAGAGAAUGCAUUUGACCAGGAGGAACGAUGCUCCUGAAGGCACUGUCACCGAAUUACUUUUGAACCCUGAUGGCUCCAUCAACUACAGCUCAACACUUGCAUCUCAAUAUUCUAGUUCCACUAGAGAAGUUCAAGCGUCUUAUGAGGAUUCUGUACCUCUCAAACUUAAGUUCCCUCAUCUAAAGCAUCAUUUUCCACGAUAUGAUCUUGAAAGUUGUCCUGAUGAAUCAUUGAAAAACUGCGUCGAAGACACAAGAAGCGCUAUCACAAAGAUUUUGAACUCAAAGUUGGGGGUUAAAGACAAUAAAGACGAUCGAAACAAUAAAGUGUCAUAUAUAAAAUAUUCUACCAAUGAUAUAUUACAUGAUAAUGAAUCUGAUACCUCUAGAGAGAAACUCGUUGAAGUUAGGAACUAUCAAGAAGAUCCCAUGCUACCACCUAAAUUUAAAUUAAGAAAGAAUAGACAUAGGCCUCCUUCCCCACCCCCUCCAAUAUUGAAGCAAAAUGAGAGCGAAACUAAGUUAACGAAAGAGGAAAGAGAAAAAUGGAAGAUCCCUUCUGCCGUUUCUAAUUGGAAAAAUAACCAAGGUUUUACAAUAUCUUUGGAUAAAAGAUUCAGUGCUACCGGUAGUGGAUUAGGACCAGAUGAGGCAAAGCUAAAUGUUCAAAAAUUUGGCGACUUAUCUCAAGCAUUAGAGUCAGCAGAUAACCAAGCUCGAGAGGAGAUAAAAAUUCGAAAUGAAAUGAGAAGAGACUUGGCUUUAAAAGAGCAAAGGGAAAAGGAGAUUAAGAUGAAGGAGUUAGCUGAGCUCACGAGAAGUGAGCGAUACGGCAAAAGAAAAGAAACAUCAAAUGACCAUGCGGUCAAAAGGUUAAAAAAUUAG